UUAUGAGUCCAAGAAAGGUGAAGUCAGAGGUCCCAAGAUUGCCAGCUCACGAUAUUUACGAUGAAGAGAACCGGCUCAAAAAGGUGGGCGGGUACAUCAUAGGAAAGAGCAUAGGUGAAGGCAGCUUUGCUAAAGUGAAGGAGGGAAUUCACAUACUGACUAACAUGCGGGUGGCGGUGAAGGUAAUUAACAAAACUGAGCUGAAGGAAACAGACUACAUGAUGAGGAAUUUGCACAGGGAGGCAGAUGUUCUGAGGAAAAUACGCCACGAGAAUAUUGUUCAGUUGUAUGAGGUGAUGGAGACAGAGAACCACUACUAUCUAGUACUGGAGAUGGUGAGAGGAGGUGACCUGAUGACACACAUCUGCAACAACAAGCGCCUCUCCGAGCAGGAGGCCCAGAAGUACACCCGCCAGAUUAUCUCUGCAGUGGAGUAUCUCCAUAGUAUGGGAAUUGUGCACAGGGAUCUAAAAGUGGAAAACCUUUUACUGGAUCAACACAAAAACAUCAAAAUAAUAGAUUUUGGACUGAGUAACAGCCUUGGCAAGAACGGACUUCUUGGUACCCAGUGUGGAUCCCCGGCCUACGCAGCUCCUGAGGUCUUCAGUAAAAAUCCUUACGGACCAUCAGUUGACAUUUGGAGCAUAGGUAUAAACCUGUACGCCAUGUUAACCGGACAGCUGCCCUUCCACGUGGAACCCAUAAACAUUGCUGCUCUACACGAGAAGAUCAUGAAGGGGGCAAAGAUUCCCAGCCACUUUAGUAAAGAAUGCCAAGACUUACUGUCUAAGCUGUUGGUAGCUAAGGAAGAGGAAAGGAUCGGGAUGCACACAUUGAUGAAACAUGCAUGGGUCAACGAUAACUGUCCAAUGUUGGAACCAUUCAAGAAGAAAGCUGAAAACUUUAAUGAAAUGGAUCUGGACUCUGUAGCUUUGGAGACUCUGGUGAACAUGGGGAUCGAUUACAACGACACUAUCAACUCAUUAAGGGGCAAAAAACCGACAAAGUAUGCCGCAACAUACUGCCUUCUUGUUGAAAAACUAACCACCCCAAGAAAGAGUUCCCUGCCUUCGAUAAUGGACUCUAGAAGAAGAUCAGUCGAUCCGACGGCCCUUCAGAAGGCUGCCGAAAAGAACAGGAACAUGUUAUCGCCUUUGAAUAAGAGGAAGAUGAAGAAAUCACCUCAUUUGAUGCUGCCAGUAUCUGAUGAGGGAAUUGAUCCACCCAAAUCAGCAGAAAACUCAUCCAAUAUGAUUGAUAAAGAUCCAAUAAACAAUUACUACAACGUAAAGCAGCGAAGACCUAGUAUGGGAGAAACAAUCCACAACUUCCUAAAGGACAAGCUGCAAAAAUCAUCUAAUGGAGAUGAAAAGAAAACCGAAACGAGUAAUGUCAAAAAGUCUGGCGACAGAAAGAGCUCAAUAACAGAUUUUUUGAAAAGUCCACUGGAAAUGGGAAGAACGAGAGGGAACCGGAGACACAGUGUGGCAACCACCCUGACACCAGCCUCUCCAGGGCUGGGUGGCUCUAAGGACAAGUCCUCGAGCACCGGCAUGGGUCUUUUCUCCCCUAAAACCAAAAACAAGAGAUUCUUCCAGCCAGAGAACACUAACAAAGUGACGUGUAACGGGUAAUGAUGAGAGGAGCGUUGACAAUCACUGACGAUUUAUCCCACAUCUAGUAGCGGAGUGUUUAACCCUGGUAAUGACUGAAAUUUCACCAUGAAAUCUAAUGCGAUCACAUCGAGGCGGGACAAAUAGCAAUAUAGGAGCAACGCCUACUAAUUGAUUUUUAGUUUUUUAAAUUUUCAGUGUUCUAUUAAUAUUAUGUGAUAUCCUCAUGAAUAUUUAUCCCAGACUUAUAACUGACCCAAUUGCAGGACAGUUCAAAAAGAACUGUGAAUUUUUGACGAAUGUUCACAAUGAACGAAUUUAUCGCCAUCUGUGUUUCGUGUUUUUGAUUGUUAUAAUGUUGUUGAUUCCCGUUUCAAAUGUAAAAACUAUUUUAACGAUGU